AUGUCUCAACUAGACCGCACUGGAUACUACUCAGACUCGCCAGUGUCCUUCACCAAAGUGCUAGCUCCCCCCGGCGGUGGUAACAGUGAAGAGAACAACACCUCCCAAUCCCUCAGAGUGCUGGCUCCACCUGGCGGCAGAGUUAGUCUAGAUCUGUUUGGUGGGUACGGACAGGAUGUUGCGAGACCCGCCAGGAAGGUCAGGGAGGUGGUGGUGGUAAAGUCUGAGGACCGUGUAGUGGACACUCCUAAGAGGAAGACGAGGAAUAUCCUGAUCCCAGGUAACCCUCUUACCAAGAGGUCCGUGUUGAGCCAGACUGAUGACGGAUACCAGCUGGUUCUCACCACGACGGAGGGUGGCACUGAAACGGUCACCACCGAGGAGUUUACUAAAGACGAGAUGGCAAGGUUUAUAUCUGAAGGUGCUAACUUGGUCCUACAGAGAUUGAGUAUUAUACUCGGAGUACAUAGUCGUAUGAGCUUUAACGUCUUCUCCACGGAUAAUGCCCUUGCUAAUGUCAGCUACUCCCCUAUAGAGUCCCACUCAGUGUUGUUACAGAACGUUACUCUGGAAACCAUUGGAAUUGAGCGAUGUGUGGAUAAUAAGGACGAGAAUCCAACCACCUGGAAAAUAUACUUCCUCUCUGACGGCCACAUGUAUACCCGCGCUCAAGUCGGGUCACCAGUGUACAUGAAGAUUAAAGAUAUCCCAGAGAACUUCAUGAAAGACGAAGACGCUGAUUGGGUAUUCCCUGAUUUCGGAAAAGGAAAGCUGCACUGGGAGGAUGAUAUUGAGAUGUUGUCACACUUUCUGGACAGAAAGGAGGAGUUGAAGGAGGACCAUGUUAACUACAUGAAGAGACAUCCUGAGCUCAAGGCCAUCCUCGGAGAUUUUUUACAGUUCCUGUUGAUGAGAAAGCCAAGUGAUGUGAUAGAAUUUGCAGCAGAUUUCUUCUCCUCCUACUCUGCAACCGCAGAAAUGAAACCCUCGUUUGCCCACUCCAACUUCGUCAACCAGUCAGCUAUCCGAUCAGAAUAGAUUGUGGAUUAGCCAAUCAACCAUGUACAUAUCACUAAUAUUACUUCCUCUAUUUGAAACAUCAAUCAUAAUUUCUACCAUAUUUGAAACAACUAUUUGAUCAACGAGUAAACAUUAUCUGCCUUCAUCUCCUCUGCUUUUCUUGAUUAUCUGAACACGAAUUGCAUGAAGAUAAGCUACUAGGACCCUACUGAAUUUAAAGUUCUGUUUCGCUCUUUGAAUUAGUCAUAAAUUUGAUGUGAGUUGAACUUUCGUACAAGCUUAGAAUCAAUGAUAUGAUCAGUUUUUUGUAACUUCAUGUAUGAUUACAGAUACCAAAUGUGUAAUUGUUAAUGUAAGAUAAUUUUGUAAUUAAAUAUAGUAGAUGAAGCCGCCUGUCAUUUAAAAACAUGAAUAUUCUGUUGCAUUUGUUAAUAAAUUUGGAUUUUCAUACGCUGUAAAUAUAACAUGAACAUUUCUCUUAUCAGUUAUUCUUAUGAACCUCCUGAAGUAUAAUGUUUGUAAAUAUUAUGAGAGUGUGGUAUUUAUUCAGGUAAACACUUCUUCUCUUCUAGUUCUAUUUCUUUAUUGUAAUAA